AUGAGGCCUACAAGCAUUUGUUUGCUCCUGGCCGUCUUUUACAGCUUCCGCAGUGCAGAGGCACAGACCGACCACGACGAUCACGACGGCCAUUCGCAUGGCGAUGAGGGUGGAUCCUUUGAGUGGGCAGGCAUCUUCGAAACACCGCUGAGCACCUAUCUUUGGACAGCACAGAAGGUGGACGGUGCCUACGUUGAUCCUGCAAUGAAGUUGGUGGCUUUGCCAGCCACCACGUUGACCCAACAGGGCCUGCACGAUAUGGAGACGCAGGGAAAGGCAGCCAUGGAGACGACUUGCACAGAUGUCACAUCUGGAGGCGCUACGAUCAAGCAUACAAACUCGGGUCAAGCCGCAAACCGCAAUCAUAGUUUUAAUUUUAUGGAUGCUGAUGCUCGUGAUGCCGUUGCUGGUGCAUCUGCUGCCGGUGGUCUUGGCGACGGCGGUGGUGGUGGCGGCGGGGUAGUUGUGCUGGCGCUGGCGCUGCUGCUGGGUUGCUGGUGUCUGGUGUGCUGUUGCUGGCGCUUAUGGCGACGAUGCUGCUGGUGCUGUGUACUAGUAGUACUAGUAGUACUAGUAGUACUAGUAGUAGUAGUAGUAGUAGUAGUAGUACCAGUAGUAUAG